AGAGACAGGUACCAGACAGGAGCAGUAGUGGUAACAACAGCAGGAUGGGGAGCUUCAGCAAGAUCCUGCCAUACUCCUGCUAUGAGCUCGGCCACUGCUGGAAACACUCGUGCUCCUCAGCCUCCUUUGAAAUCUGUAUCAUUGGGUUCAUUGAAAGCAUCAAAAUCUAUGGUGUGGUGUACUUGCUAACCGGUCUUGUGAAUGCUCGGAAAAUAAGUAUGAAGUAUGGAAAAAAAGCUCUUGAAGAACUACUUAACAUCAGUUUGUUUCCUGACAGUCAAUGCUUUUGGGUACAUUGGCUCCUACUGUGUUGUCAGGUCAUCACAGGAAUCAAAUGCAGCAUCAGUAUGGCUCACCAAACACUUCCCCUCACACUGGUGGUGUUGACCUGCCUUGUGAACACCUGCCCUCCUGUGUUCCUGCCCUUAAUAGCCCUCCAGGUGACAUCAGAAUGUGGAUGAGGGGACAAGAGAGCCAGUGUUCCAAGUACCACCACCAUCACCACCUGCCACCACCACCACCAC